AUGUUUAACGAUGAAGCACAAGAAGCAGUAGAAUUUAAGUCGUCGUGGAAAACCGAAAGGUGAGACAUAGUGAUUUUAAGUUUUAUCUGGCGGGAAAUUUACACCAGGAUUUAAAAUACCAUCAACCUGAAAUUUAAUUUAUCAAGUUAUGAGUGUACUUUGAUGUGUGUGUGUUUUAUUUUAUUUUUUUAUUAUUUUUUUUACAAGAAAAGACACUUAUGAUAAAUUUAAAAUUGAAAUCAAGCUGGUGUGAAAAAUUAAGUGAAAAAAAAAAUUAGUAAACUAACAAUGUGUUGUCAAGAUGUUGUGUAUCGUCAAAGUGGACAAGUAUUCAUUGAAAUAAAAUCUACAUCAUUUCCAAAGGUCUAGCAAAAAUGCAGGGGCUCAAACCAGUGAGAUUAUCACAUAUGAGGCAGACGUACAGUCAAUCCAUCGGGUAGAUGCAGAGGUACUUGAAGACACUUCCUAUUUGAGUGUGUACAUAAUCACAGAGGAACUGAGCUAACUUUUAUGAUCGCCACAAUGCUAGAAUCGCCAAAGUGAAUUGAAACAGUGUUCAAUUAAAUACAUCUAAGUGCCAGAGAUUCCAACCUCUAGAAAUAUGAAUCUAGUUGGGUUUGAUAUCAUAUCAUGCCCUUCUGGCCCUCCCCCCCCCCUAGACCUUCCCAAUGCCCACCCCCCCCCCGUUCCUUUCUUUCUAGUCUUUUCUUCCACUUCAUCCCAGUCUCCCUUCAUAAACUUUACCCCUUAACUCUCAUAAGUGACCAAGACAGAAUUUCUCCUAAUAAUAUUGAGCAAACAAGUGAUGAGAAUAAAGAAAAUAUCAAUUAGAGGAUAACUAGUCGAUCCAUUACCAAAUUCUCCAAAUUAAUGUUGUAAUAAUUGUAUGGCAGACAGUAAAGGGGAUUAUUAAUCAGGUCUUUGGAGUAAAAAGGUUUAAGUCAUCAGAGCAGGAGUGCAUAACCAAUCAGAAAAAUAUUACAAUUAAAUAUUAUGAGUGAAUUUAACCAGUGACUGAAUACUUAAUAUGCUUCAUUAUUUGUUUAAUUUAGACUCAAACAGAAGAAGAGGAUGAGAAAGGAAAACUUGUCUUUGUUGUUGAGGAAGAGAAUCCAGUAUGCAACAUCAUUUUUUGUUUUUUGGAUUAAUUAUUGACUCAUUGCAAUCAAAAUUUCUUUGAAUUUUUGGUUUAUGGUUUAUACCCCAUCCAGGCCAUAAAUGUGCAUUGUUAUACGUGAACAGGUCUAGGAGUUCACUUUUCUAGUUUGAGGUCUGCUCCACGCACUUCAUUCACUCCAACCAUUAGGUCCAACACUUAAAACAUCAACUGUAGAAACUCUUUAAAGUGGCCAAUUUAGAUUGAAUUCAUCAACUCAGUUGAUGAAACCAAAUCAUCCGCUGUAGCAGGAUUGUGUAUGCUAAUCAUUUACAUUUUCUUGCAUUUUGUUUUCCUUCUGUUUUUAAAGGGCCUUGUUAAUUUUAUACUAAGAGUCUAUCCUGAGGUGAGCCGACAAUUACAAGCCAACAUUACAAGUCAUGCUUUUGAUGGUAAGUCGCAACCACUCUGUUAAAUUUAAUUUCCGAUUAUCCUUACUGUCUGCCACACAAUUCUUAUGAUGUUAGUCUGAAGAAUUUGGUGUAAGUUUAGCUAAUAAUCCUAUUAUUGGUAUUUUUCUCUCUUCUCAUCACGUGUGGGCUCAAUAUUGUUUCAAUAUUGUAAGGAGAAAUCCCGUCUUGGUCACUCAUGGGAAUUGACGGGUUAAUUAACAUUAACAUUACAUGUUCAAUUUUUAUGGGAAACUCUGAGAGAGAAAGGUGAAGUGGGAAAUUUUUUUUCUUUCAAGUUACAGGCUUUAAUUUUGGUAGCUCUGGGGUUUUGUGGUUUCUUGUAAUUACUCCAGAUGUGUAGCAGAACACUUGUCAGUUUAAUGGUUAUGGUCUCAGUUUGGGAAACAGACUGUGCGCAAGGGGGUCAUGGGCGUGGCUAAACAGGUGCUGGGGUUCUUACAACAUUUCCUAAUAGUGAUAUAAUUGUGUUUUAAAUCAUCAAUGUAUAAUUUGAGUGUUUUCAAAAAUGUGCCAGUCAUAGAAUCAUGUGGGCAUAAAUCUUUUUGAAUGCUAGAUACUUCACUUGUCAGUCCUUCUCAUUGCUUGGAUACCAGCACACUAAUACAGAAAGUAGAAUCACAACAUAACUUACUUUAGAUUUAUUUAAGAGGUGCAGAAAUUUGUCACUGCACUCUCCCCCCCCUGCCCCCACAUUUGAAAAAUCCUAGCUAUCUCCCAGUAGGUGUCUUGCAAUGGACUAACUACCAUCCAAGGGGGAGGAGAUGUUGUUAGCCAUUUGUUACAAUAAAAAGAGGGAUGAACUCCUCAUGUUCCAUGCCAACAAGUUUACGUGUUGAUAGUAACAUUGGACUGAAUGCCUUGUAGGUUAUGAAGAGAGCAUAGAUGAAUCAACCAGCUCUGUAUCAUGUGCCCAUACAUUGAUGAAUGCAGCUUUAGUUGAAGAUGAGGUAACCAAUUUUCAUCUAAUGGAAAGAAACUCUCUCUGUUCUUAAUUGUUAAAGCAUCUGUGAAAAAUUCUGGAAAGUUUAACUAGCUAAGUAUCUCAUGUGUAGUUACUAUAGGCUUUAGGUUCUAAGUCAAUGGAGAUGGACAGAAUAACAGGACAACCACAAGCAGUGAGGGCAGUUAUCUGCAAAAUUGCAACAUUAUCCUUGGCUUUAUCCAUCAUUUUUCAUGACCUUUUCAUUGUUGAUCUCCUAUAAUCAAGAGCCUGAUCAAGAUGGGCUAGUGUUGCAACAAAUUUCAAGUCUUAUUGCAAUUAUUUGCUAAUCUUUAUUAGUAUUGUCAAAUUAUUUAUUGGAUGUAACUUACCAAAGCUUGACAAAAUUGUAUAAUUUUUCAUUUUGCUCCACUUUUUAGCUACAGGUUACUGGCUUGUCAUGGAAUUCCACUGGUUCAGUAAUCGCUGUCUCGUAUCCUUAACAUUAAGUUUAAUUCUCAUGACCGAGAGAAAUAUUUAGUCAUUCUUAAAACUGACAAACAGCUUGGACAGGUUGAAAACUGUAUGAAAUUUAGUGCAGAGCAAUAUGAUUAAAAUUUGAAAACUUGGUUAGCUUCCACCAUUCACCUCAUGCAAACUAAUUUUGUUAUGUUAGUGUUUACUUGUGAAGCCAUUACAUUUUAUCAUUCAUGGUGAAGGCUUUCUACAUGUCAGCAUUUUUGCAUCAAGUGUUUAAAACCAAGAUUAAGAUAAAAGUUCAACUUAACUACACAAUGUUAGCUAUGGAAGGUUUGAUCAUGAACACUGGUGCUCUCAUAAGGUGUGUAAAUGUUGAUUACAAAAUGUGUUUUACUUCAUGUAUGUCACAUAUGAACGUACCUACUAAAUUGUAGAAAAAUAGCUCUAAACAAACUGAAGAUUGAAUACGAGAGUGAUCUUCACAGAUUCCUGUUGUUCUUUGUCAUACAAUGCAACCAUUUCUCGAGGCCGGGGUCAUUGAAUCAUUGGGGCAGGAGCAAUUCUUAGUUCCAGGCCUUAGUUGAUCUUAAAUGAUUCCAUUCUGUGUUUGUCAACUGAUGUGAUCAUUCCUUUGACAGUCUGCCCUGUGUACUUGGAACAUUGACAGGAGAGCAAUUGAUCCAAACAAGCCUGAUAUCACCAUUGAUCUAUCUGUAAGUACUGCAGCUUAUAUGAGUAAUUCCUCUGCUCACAAUAAUUCAGAAAGGUGCUAGAACCCGCUGGUGUUUGAGGUAAUCCUUAACUCCCAUGAGUGACUAAGACAGAUUUUCUCCUUACAGUACCAAUAUAAUAUCCAUCAGACAAGUAAUGCAAAUGAGUAGAGAUAUCAGCAAGGGAAUUAUUAGUUGAUUCAAUGCCAAAUUCUUAUAACUAACAUCAUAAGAAUUGUAUGGAAGACAGUAAGGAGAAUUACUAAUGAGAUCUUAGGAAUGAAAGGUUGAAUCACAUCAGGGUUCUCUAGAGAUUCUGAUCGCUUUCUGAAAAGGUUAGCAGUUUUACAUAGUCCUGUGCAUAUACCAUAAAAGAUGACUACAAUACUGAAGUUCUUUUUUCUGUCUAUCUGUCAAGGAUAGAUCUAACCCCUUAUGAGGGAGCAGCAAUGAUAAAAAGAACUAUGGUAAAGCUAUCUUUUGUUGUUGUUUUCUCAACAGAGUUGCUUGAUGUGUAUUGCUUUUCAUCCAAAUCUUCCAUCAGUUGUCGCUGGAGGAUCAUUUAAUGGUACAUUUGGGAUGUAGUUUGCUAGGUUUUCCUGGUUAAAAAGUGAAAUAUUAACUCCUUUAUUGUCUCUGCGAUUCUUUGCUCCCCGAGAGGCUUUGGAGAAUCCCUUUUCCAUUAAAGGUAGUUAAUAUCUCCGAGAUCGAUCCACGACUUAUUUGUGCUACAAUCCUCAACAAAACUCUUGAGACAAUUUCAACGAAAAGGUUGAAAAUGGACGUUUUAAAGCCUUUUAGUCAACAAGAACCCCCCCCCCCUUUCGCAAAUCUUACAGGAAGUAAUCGAUAAGGGUGCUUCUCUUAAAGCGUUUAGCGAUAAGUAUGCGAAAACGAUUCGCCGCGAGAGGAAUGGAACUGAAAAUUGAAAAAACCGCUUGCACGAAUUGGCUGGCUUUGAGUUUUAUCUCCAUAUUAGCGGAUGUCAAAAUUCCCAUCAGCUGACAACGCUUUUCAGUCGAUCAAAUGUUGGUUAUCUACCAAGAGAAACACAAAUGCUAGCUUUAAAAUGGAACUGAAUUGCAACAUGGAAGACGGUCGAAAGAUUUUUUAAUUUGUAGCCAUUCGCAAUUGCGAGCGUUUAAUCGUUUAGUUUCUUUAUUUGUCAUCAUUAUGAUAUCAGGUGGCAACAUAGUUAGCAGAGGUUAGCUGAUUACUGUCAUGUAUUAUUUAGGAGAGAUACAAGUUUGGGACACUGGAAGAGAGGAUGAGACUGUCAUUGCUACAACAGGAAUGGGAUCAGAUUCACACCGGGAACCCGUUAGUAAGGUAUACUGUUUAACAAACGCUGUGUUGCCUUCCUCUCUCCAGGAUGACAAUCUUUUACUUCUUUGAAUUGCAAACAAAGUUUUGUAUUUGAAAAACAUACCACAUUAUCUAGAGUUCUUCCUCAUUAACUUAACAUAAUCUUUUUUUUCCUUUCAGGUCUUGUGGACCUUAGAUUCCAGCUCUAAGGGGACGAAGUAUCAGGUACGUCAAAGGAUUUUGGUUCAACAGAUGAUUGCGAUAUUAUCAGGUUAACCAUUAUUGUUCUGUGACCUUCACUUGCCUCCAGAUCCUUAGCAUAAGUGGCGAUGGCAAAGUCCUGGUAUGGCAGAUGACUCCAGGCUCACGUGAUCUCAAACUAGUCGGCGGUUUCAUUUUGCAGACAGACAGUGUUCCACGAAGCAUGCGGUUGAGCAAAGCCCGCGGUGAUGCUGAAAUGGGAGGUGAUAUUUUUAAAUUGUUAGGUUUUCUUCGUCUUUUGGGGAUCCUAAGUGUAUUAUAUGUGUUAUUGAAGUUGAAGCAGUAGAUACUGUUUCCGUAAGCCUUUUUUUCAUUAAGUUAAACACGACGUAGAGGUCGACAUGGCAAUAUGGUGAGUACCUUCUGUUUGACACAGUGUGACCACCCCCCCCCCCCCCCACCUCCUCUGAAAAAUCCUGGUCACCGUGCUUAAAGCUUCGCAGAAUUUGACUGUGUCCUUUCACUUUCAGUGACUAGUAUGUCGUUUUCUCAUGAAGACCGUACUCUUUUUGUGCUCGGCUCAGAGGCUGGGGGAGUAUUUAAAUGUUCCAUGACAUCAAGAGGACCUCCCGUGACAAGUAAGAAGUGUAUCGCAUAGACAUACCACUUGCGUCAACACGCUAUGAACAACAAAAGUUUAAUGAUCAUCAUUAAUUUAAAACUUUAACACCACAAGUACGUAAAAAAGGAUAAUUCAAACCUUACAGAAUGGUAUUUAUCAUUUUGGAUAUCUUUUUUUCUGCAACUUAAUACAACAGGGGACAAAUUCAUGGUACUUAUGCAAAUUUUGGGGGGAUCACAUGGUUUUUUGGGGGAUCACAUGGUUUUUUGGGGGGAUCACAUGGUUUUUGGGGGAUCACAUGGUUUUGGUUUUUUGGGGAUCACAUGGUUUUAGGGGGAUCACAUGGUUUUUUGGGGGAACGGAAGGAGGAUCAGUCGUCGCCAACAGAGUAUAAAGGGAGGAGAAAUAUGGAAAAUUGACUGCAUUAAUAAGAUGAUCACAAAAAUUGACUGGAUUAUAGUGAUAUUACAGCGCCAUACGGAGGGAUCACGUAACACAAUCAGACUCCUACAACCCCCAACCCCCUCCCCCACGAUAGGGGAACUAAUGACCAGUCCCUCAUGGAGUGAUUUAGGGCUGAACGAAAACUAUUCGGUUGGCAAUCAUGACGUAGAGACCUCGCUGCACAUGGAACGGUUUAUCUUUCUCCCAUGUUCAUGAACAACAAGAUAAAAUUGUACAAUUUCUUUAACACUGUCUUUCGUUCUCUUACAGAUGUUCAGAGCUCCGUUCCGUUGCGUUCCCCUGUAACUUUUGCCUUCUCUCCUCACUUUGGGCCUGUGUUUUCUGUUGACUGUUCACCUUAUCACCGGAAUCUCUUCCUCACUUGUGGUACAGAUGCAUCUGUUAGGCUUUACUCCAUGUUGCAGGUAGGGCAUAUUUUUCUUUGGUAAAAAGUAGGAUUUUUUUUUCUUUUCCGGAGAGUUCAUUUGCCUGUCGAAUGUAAGAGGGGGCGCUGGGAGCCGUUAGAAAAUGGAAAACAGGCAACUUUUUCAUCGAAACCGAAAAACCGGAAUGGUAAUCACAUAGAACCGAAAGGUUUAUAGUCAUUUUAGUAAUGUGCGCGCUUGUUUACAGUUCUAAACUUUACUUGAUAAUCCAGCUGUGUUCCAUAAGAAAAUGAGAAUUUAUGACUCGUUUCGGCCUUUCUGUGCUCUUUUUAUAGAAGAAAGCAGAAGAUAAAAGUUCUCUGCUCGUAGUCUAUUUAUCUGGUAAACUUAAUUUCUUCCUGCCAAAGGAAGCGUUUUAAACAGAGCUAUUCUGUUUAUCAGAGCAGUUGUACUCAGACUCUAAGUUGACCUGUGUAGGACGGUCUUCAAAAUUAAGGUGCCUUUAUUUUCAAACAGUCCAAGCCCCUAUUUUCAGUGGAGCCCGGAGCGGGGUAUCUAUUUAGGGUCCGGUGGUCUCCUUCACGCCCGUUGGUAUUUUCCGUCGUUACUGCGGAUGGCCGCUUGCUGAUUUAUGAUUUGAAGGUGAGUGUAUUGGGUAAUUACUGUUAACAUUAAAAAUUCCCCGAAAUUCAGAACUUCGAAAAGAGUGCUUCUGGAAACAAGGGAGCUAAAUUCUUUGACCAUGAAAUCUCGCGCCAUCAAUUCGCCCUCUCAACCAAUCAGAUUCAAAACUGAAACUGAAACCAAUCGCGACUUGGUUACCCGCGUUUUCCAGAUAAUUUGCUAGCUUUGAAUUUAGUUCUGAUUGGCUCUCUGUGAUAUUUGCCCUUCUCUAAUUGGCUGCUGUGAUUACUUUCAAAUAGUUUUGGUUAUACGACACUCGAUCCAAAUGCGCUUUACUCACUCGACUCGUGGGACGGAUUACGUUUGGAAAGAGGACUAUCAUGUUCUGCCAAUUUUCUUGCUUAACGUAACGUAGUUGUUCGAAAAUUUUACAACACUCAUUGACCCUUUUUCCGAAAGGGCUUUCUUGCCUGUUAUCCUUCCAUAUUGAUAUUUCAGUCUCCAUUUUGGUUAAGGAAUUAAAAAAUAAUAAUUUGCUGUCGAUUUGGAAAAUGGCUGUAAGAAUGUCUUGUUUUUCUCUAGGUUGACCGGAUCAACCCAGUGGUCACGCUCGAUGUCACAACAGACAAAUCACCGGUAUAUUCGUUGGAGUACAACCUUCAAAGGUAUUCCUUUAUUCUGUUGUAGCUACUGUGUAGUUUAUUCAUGUCUUGCAAAUUUUUAAAAAUUUACUUUGUCUUUAUUGUUGGUGUGCGAUGUAAACUAAAUUUAAGCGGAGCUCGAUAUAAACAUGUUUUGCUAUGGUAAAGGAUGUUUCACAGGUUCUGUGCGCGGGAAAAUUUGUGACUGAUGAGUCAGCGACAAACCAAGCUCGGAAAACACAUAAUCAGAGAGAAGCGCGGGAAAUAAAAGUAACCUGUGUGUGGACGGCGAAAAGCGCGGGAAACAAUGUAACUGGUCUGGCUAGUCAGCUAUAGUGGCCACUGAGAAGUCUGGGAAAAGUUGCAACCGGUGCCGAGGGCUUCCAUACUGUGAAAUACAACCAUCAAAGUCGAUAUUCCUCGGUUAAUUUUUUUUUUUUUGUUGCUAGGCGUCAGACACUUGCCACCGGUGAUUCACAAGGGCGAAUCAAAAUAUGGAGGCUCAGCGAUGAGCUAACAACCCAGUCCAACCGAGAGGAGGAAUUCCUGGCGGUUAUAGCAAAUGACACUCAAACAGAAUAGGCAACAGCAACAGCGACAUAAACACGUUUCCGUGAGUAUUUUCUCUUCCCGGCCACCGGAAGAAGGGAAGGCGUGGAGAAGAUAGAGAGACCUGGGAGCGAGGACGUAGCGAGAUAUGUCAUCGUCGUGUUUGCCUCGUCGACAUCGUGCUUUGGAUUAUAGAGGCCACAAGCUAUAUUCGUCGUAGAAACAGCUGAAUUCCUACUUCUUGUACAAACACAUUCCCUGAAAAUUUAUUUAGGAGAAACUUAGCAAAAUCUCGGAAUCCAUGGAAAUAUUUUGCGAAAAGAAACUAAUAAUGUUUGCUUUCUUGACUUCUCGAGUCAAGCAUCUUUGGUUGGUUUUACUUCCUUGUGAUAAAACUGUUGUUCUGGUUGUAAGAACCAGUUAAAUUUUCUUCAAGAUGUCCCCUUCCGAAAUUCUCAUGGCUUGUGAAAGACAGAUCAUUCACAAGGUGUUUACUUUUCUUUUUCGUUUUUUCCCUCUCCGAAACCAUAUAGUAUAAAAUGCACCCACCAAACUGAAUGGAAUAUUGCUCAUUUUCACUUGCUACAGUACAAGGCGAACAAAUACCUUCACCUUAACAGACUUAUCACUGAGGAAACAUGUCAUUAAAAAUUUGUACCAUUUGCGAACUUUUUUUGUCACUUUUUGCUUCCGCCUCAAUUUUUUCUCAUUAUUCUUCGCGUUUACUUUUCUCCCACUAAUUCGAGUUUGUUUUACUUUAUGC